UCCCUUUCUUUUUUUGUCUCUAGGUUUUUUCCCGUUUUUAUAAACCUUUGUUCCCUGAUUGGAAGGCGAAGAAGAGCGGUGCUCACGAUGGUGUACAUCGCUUCUUGGGAGGAGUUCGUCGAGAGAUCCAUCCAGAUUUUCCGCGCUGAUCCCCAAUCUUCUCGGUAUGUGAUGAAGUACAGACAUUGCGACGGAAAACUUGUGCUCAAGGUCACUGACAAUCGUGAGUGCCUGAAGUUUAAGACGGAUCAGGCCCAAGAUGUAAAGAAGAUGGAGAAGCUGAAUAACAUCUUUUUCACUCUGAUGGCUCGAGGCCCUGACGCUGAUAUAUCCGAAGUAUCAGGCAAGGAACAAGUAGAGCAGUUGGCUUCCAAGAAAGGCAGAGGCCGGAGGCAGUGAAAGGGUUUCGCUAAUCACAUCCGACCGGCACCGUUUUGAUUUCAUUAAAAUUUAGACGAAAAGGCAUUGAAAUUUUGUGAUAAUUUGUUUCACAGUUUUUUUCCAAUAGAAGUGAAACUGCUUUACAGUUUAGGAUAUGUGAACAAAUGCAAUGUGGUGUGUGCUAAACUCUUCACAAUUUCAAGUUGUUUUUGUACUGGAUGUCACAUUGGCAUCAUUUCACGGAGCUUUAGAUGGCUACUUGCUUUUGUAAACAAUUAGUUAUGCCUGUGUCUUGGUAAAUUACUUCUUAGUCCUUGGUUAAUUUCAUUUUAACCAAAUAGGGAGAAGGUUUAAUGGUUUGAAGA